UUCACUAUGAUUCUUCUACUCUUCGUUCUACUAUGCCAUUCCGUCCUCGGCAUAACGUUCGUGGUUCCUGAAUCUUCCCCCGUCGGCCAUGUGAUCGGCUACCUGGAGGGUCGACCAACUCUGGCAACCCAAGCGAAGUACUUCGUCGUCUAUCCAGACACUAUAUCUGAGCAGGUCAGUGCUUGCAAUUCAGAAUGCUCAUUGUUCCUCAUUGUCAAGAUCGAUGAGAAAUCGGGCGAAAUCACACUUAUCGCACCACUGGACUACGAGAAGCACAAAAAAUUCGAGAUAUUGGCGGUACCGAUUGAUGGCGGGGAAGGGAUACAGGCUACGGUUGAAGUGGAAGAUGUGAAUGACCACACCCCUACUUUCCCAGAAGAGCGAAUCAAGCUAGAAAUAUCCGAAUUUGCUCGAAUAGGCGCUGCUUACCCAUUACCCAGAGCAGAGGAUGCAGAUGGUCAAACAUUCACUGUUCAGAAAUACCGCAUCGCUCAGGGAAAUGUGAACAAUGUGUUCAAGGUGGCUGUUCGUCCCGUUAAUGGAGUUCUUUAUGCCGAGUUGGUAGUAAAUGGACAACUCGAUCGAGAAUACCGGGACAUGUACGAGUUGAUUGUCGAAGCGAUCGACGGUGGAACACCAGCAAAUAUAGUAACACUCAGUGGAUGUCCAUCGCUAUGUCUUCGGCAAAGCCAGUCACCGUCUGUCUAUCUGCUUCUUGUCUGUGGCCUGUUUGACCGCGAAUCCUCACCUGAGUAUCAUUUAAAGUUCAGCUUAAAGAGAGGCAAUGAACUUGUCUUGGAGCAUCCUGUGCUACUUACUAUCGGUAAAUUGCUAAGUGACAUCAAUGACAAUGCUCCUAUAUGGUCUCAUUCCCAUAUGCACAUUACGCUCAACCGCUCAAUCGCGAUCUCUGAUCAGACAACCUCGUUGGUUGCCACUGAUCCAGAUGAAGGUACUAAUGGUAGAGUUCGCUAUAGUAUCCUGAACUCUGAUGUCAUCGCGAUAGAUCCUGACACCGGUCGACUCACACCCUUGAGAGAGCUUGACUGUUCCUUGGGACAAGAAAUUCGCUUCAAAGUACGAGCUUCUGACGGUGGUGUUCCAAGUUUAUACUCAGGUAAGGCUAUGCUUAUCUCAGUAAUUACUGACGACUCAUUCCCUACUCAAAAUUAUACGACAUCACUAAAUAAUUAUAGAUGUACCUUUUUUGUAGUAAUUUGA